CAGAUAACGUGUACUAGAAGUGUUCAUCCUACUGCGUGUGUUCUGUAGUUUUUUUUUGUGGAGAAAUUAACCUUGGCAUCGACGAUGGAGAUCGAUCUGGUGUACCUGUUGUCCCUGAUAGGGAUCCUGGGGUCCUUAUAUUACUAUCUUACCAGGAACAACAACUACUUUCACGACAAACCGAUCCCUUCGCUAGCGGUUGAACCGUUGUUCGGUAGCUCGAGGCGUCUCUUCCUCAAGAAAACGUCUUUUACCGGAUUCAUCGUGGACAUUUACAACAAGUUCCCGUCGGUGAAGGUGCUGGGUAUGUUCGAUUUGACUUCACCAGUGUUUUUCGUGCGUGAUCCGGAGCUGAUCAAGCGCAUCGGCGUGAAGGACUUCGAUUACUUCGUCAACCAUCGGCAGGCCUUUGGAGCGUCCGAGGAUCCGAAUUCGGGCGCCCUGUUCGGCAAGACGCUGAUUGGGUUGCAGGAUCAAAAGUGGAGGGAUAUGCGGGCCACCCUUAGCCCGGCCUUCACCGGUAGCAAGAUGAGGCAGAUGUUCGAGCUGAUCGUCGAGUGUAGCGUCAAUAUGGUGAAGCACUACGAGAGCGAAAUCCGCACGAAGGGAGGCCCCCAGGAGCACGAGAUGAAGGAUGUGUUUACGCGCUUCGCCAACGAUGUGAUUGCCACGUGUGCGUUCGGCAUAAAGGUGGACUCGCUGCGCAAUACCGACAACGAGUUCUACACGAACGGCAAGAAGAUGAUGGCGUUCAAUCGGCCGAUCGUGCUGCUGAAGGUGCUCGGACUGCGGCUCGUUCCCAAGCUGAUGGAUCGGCUUGGGUUGGAUCUGUUUGAUCGCGAGCAGAGCCAGUACUUCUCGGAGAUCAUCCGUGAUACGGUGCGAACCCGGGAUGCGCAUGGGAUCGUGCGGCCGGAUAUGGUGCAUUUGCUGAUGCAGGCCCGCAAGGGUGCCCUCAAGCACCAGGAGCAGGAGAAGGAAAGCGAAACGGCGACAGGAUUUGCGACGGUUGUGGAAUCGGAAAUCGGUCGUAUGGUGGCGAAUGGCGAGAAGGUGACGCCCAUGACGGAGAUGGAGAUGAUCGCGCAGUGUCUGAUCUUCUUCCUCGCCGGUUUCGAUACGGUUUCGACUUGCUUGACUUUCCUCGCCCACGAGCUCACCGUCAAUCCGGACGUACAGCGCAAAUUGUACGAAGAGAUUCUCGAGACGAAGAACUCCCUCAACGGUGGCCAACUAACGUACGAUGCCGUCAACAAGAUGCGCUACAUGGAUAUGGUCGUGUCGGAAUCGUUGCGUAUGUGGUCCCCGGCACCGUCCACUGAUCGUGAGUGUGUGAAAGAUUACGUAGUCGAUGAUGGUGCGGGAACGCGGUUCACCAUCGACAAGGGUACCACCGUAUUCAUACCGAUCGCCGGUUUGCACAUGGAUCCCCAGUACUACCCCAAUCCGAAGAAAUUCGAUCCGGAGCGAUUUAGCGAGGAGAAUAAGCACAAAAUCAAUCCAUCGGCUUAUUUACCGUUCGGUAUUGGACCGCGAAACUGUAUUGGAUCUCGAUUCGCACUGAUGGAGGUCAAAGCCAUCAUCUACUACAUGCUGCUGGCGUUCUCGUUCGAGCGAACGCCCAACACGCAGGUACCGUUGCAGCUGGCGAAAGGAUUCGCCGGUAUGCGCAGUGAGAAGGGUGUGUUUGUGGAGUUCCGGCCGAGAAAGUGAAUGUUCCCCUGACUGUCGGGAUUGAUAUAAUCGUCUCUAGCCUCUAGCCAGUAAGAUGCUAGAUACUUAUGAGUCGCCUAGCGAUCUUUAGCCGUGUUUUAAGUUUACGUUAUAAGUGAAGUCCGCGUACUACGUAGCCUUUGUUAGAUUAACAAACGUUUAUUGUGAUUGUGCGCCAC